AUGAAACCCAAGAAAUGUCAGCUGUUUAAAAAGGAAGUCGAGUUUUUAGGACACAUAAUUAAUGAAAAUGGGGUAGGAACAGACCCAACAAAAAUCGAAUGCAUCAAACAGUGGCCAACACCUCACAAUGUUACAGAAAUACGCUCGUUUCUUGGACUUUGUGGAUACUAUCGAAAAUUCAUCUUGGGAUACCCACAGAUAGCUAGACCUCUUGUAAGACUGACAGAGAAAAAUACUCGUUUUUCUUGGGAUACAGAUUGCGAAGAAAGUUUCAAAACUCUAAAAAAUAAGUUGAUCACAGCUCCGAUAUUGGCGCAUCCAGACUUCUCUUUGCCAUUCAUCUUAGACACAGAUGCUUGUGAUUAUUCUAUCGGAGCAGUGCUUUCACAGAAAAUUGAGAAAGAGUCAUAG